AUGCGUUCCGUCAACGCCAUACUAGCCCUCGCCGUCACGGCCGCCCUGGCAGCGCCCGCCCCCAUGCCGGCGAGCAUGACGGAUCUCGACGCCGCGCUCCAGGCGCUCGAGGUCAACGCGCCCGCCGACGCCGACGCCAUCGCGCACGGCGGCCACCUCCCCAGCAAGAGGCAGGACGACGUCGCGGCCGCGCUGGCCAGCCUCGCCGCCAACGACCCGGAGGAGGCCGCCGCCGUCGAGGCCGCACUCAAGAACGGCCAGGCACCGGCGGCGGCGACGGCCACUGCUUCUCUGACCAAGAGGCAGACCCCCGCCGAGAUCCAGGCCGCGCUCGAUGCGCUGCGGUCCAACGACCCCGCCGAGGCCGACGCCGCCCAGUCUGGCAUCGCGGGUAUGGCUCCUGCCGCCCCGACGCCGGCUCCCAAGCCCGCUGCCGCCGCCGCGAGGUUGGUUUCGCGCUCCGAGGAGGACCUCGGUGUUGCGGUCCUGGGCCUCAUGGAGUCCAACCCUGAGGAUGCGCACCGGCUGCUCAACGAUGCCGAGGUGACGAGGCAGAACGAGGAUGCGUCUCCCGACCAGCCGCCCUCGCCGGAGGAGCAGGAGUGGGAGGAUAAGCCUGCGCCCCCUCCUGGGUUGUAA